AUGGCCCCCUACGACGACAGCGACUCCGAAUCCGACGUUGAGUACACCGAGACCAACGUUCUUCUGGGCUAUGCCUCGACUGAUUCCAAUGGCGAGGAGGUUAGCCGGUUGGGAGGGACACCUGACUGGAUUGACCCCUCCCAUCCCCCCUCGGCACGGCUUGCCCGCUGCAAGGUCUGCAAUGACCUAAUGGUCCUCCUCCUCCAGCUGAACGGCGAACUCCCCGGCCGUUUCCCUGGUCACGAACGCCGGUUGGUUUCCGAAGAGUUGUUGAUUGAGCAUAAGAAGCAAGGGAAACAACUUGAGGAGGCGGAACCCAAAAAGGAGGUUAAGGCAUCUGAGCUGGGGUUGGGAGAGAGUAUCUUCGGCGUGAAGCCGUCUACUGGAGGGACGGCUAAGGCGAACCCCUUCAUGACGGGUUCUGGAUCAGGGUCAGGUGGGAACCCCUUCACGGCGAAGCCUUCUGGCGUCAACCCAUUUGGGCCAGCAAAACCUGCCUCUUCAGCCGAUACUCCAGAAACGAAAGAAAUAACCCAAAAUGCAGCCGACGCCCUCCCCAAAACCUUUGCUGAAACCCUCUCCCUCAACAACCCCCAACAACCCGUUUCUCAUGGGCCAGCCCCUCCUCCUGAGCCCUGGCCAACCUCUCCCAACGACCUACCCAAGCCUUACCCCGUCCGCUGGCUCUCUGACGCCGAGUACGAGGCCCUCGACCCAACUCCCCCUCCUGUUACACAAAACACUGCCGCUGUCCCGAUGGAGCUUGAUAACGAUGACAGCUCCGGCGGCGGCGGCCAGGAGGAUAAGGAGACCUACGAAUCGAACAUGGACACGACCUUCCAAAAGUUCGCCGAUAUUGUUGGGCAGAAUCCAGAACAAUGCAUCCGGUAUGAGUUUGGUGGCCAGCCGUUGCUGUACAGCAAGGCCGAUGCAGUCGGUAAGCUGUUGAAGGCGGGCGGCCCAGGAAUGCCACGGUGCAGCAACUGUGGUGCGAAUAGGGUGUUUGAGGUGCAGCUGACGCCGCACGCGAUUGAGCAGCUGGAGUCGGAGGAAGAUAAUGAUAUUGCGGAGGGGAUGGAUUGGGGGACGAUUAUUGUGGGUGUGUGCGAGAAGGAUUGUACAGAAAGGGGACAGAGGAAUGGGGAGACGGGGUAUGUGGAGGAGUGGGCUGGGGUGCAGUGGGAGGAGUUGACGGUUAAGAGGUGA